CUCUGGUCUGGUGUCGGUCUUCCAGAGUCUGCUGCAAGCCUACGCUGAUCAUGUCUGAGUCUGGAACCUGCACUUCCAUCAUCAACUUGCGCUACCAAGAUGGCAGCGAGGGAAGCGCCACCAACCCAGCCAAGUUCAAGAACCAAGACUAUGCGCAGCUGAAGGACUACUGUGCCGGCAGAAAGAGGCUGUUCAUAGACAGCGCCUUCCCACCUGACAACCGAUCUUUGGGUGACCUGCCCAGCUUGACUUCCUGGCAAGAAGAUGAUGUGAAAUGGCUUCGCCCAGCGGAUAUCUUGAAAUUGCAAAAUAACAGCAGUGAGCCUAUAUUUUGCUUAAAAGGAGCCUCCCGGUUUGACUUUGGGCAAGGCAGUGUAGGUAACUGCUGGUUUUUGGCUGCAAUUGGCUCCCUGACGUUCAGGAAAGAACUGAUAGCUCAAGUAAUGCCCAUGGACCAGUCCUUCAAGGACUAUGCAGGAAUAUUUCACUUCAGGUUUUGGAGGUUUGGCAAGUGGGUGGAUGUUGUCAUUGACGAUUACCUGCCAACAUACAACAAACGAUUACUAUCUGUGUAUAGCAAAAGUGGAAACGAGUUCUGGGUUCCUCUGCUGGAAAAGGCCUUUGCCAAAGUGUGCGGCUCAUACGCCGACAUGAACGCAGGACUGCCGGCAGAUGCGUGCAAGGAUUUCAGUGGAGGCGUGAACAUGACUUACGACCUUGGGGAGUUCCGCUAUGCCAAUGAGGACCUGUGGCUCGCAUUGACCCGAGCCGCCGGCUGCCGAUCCAUGAUCUGCUGCGGGACUGCCUCGGAGGAGGGGAGGAAUGUCAACACGAUUUCACAAACGGGAUUGGUGGAUGGGCAUGCCUACUCAGUCACAAAGGUCGCCGAGGUUGAGCAUUACGGCUCCAAAGUGAGGCUGGUGCGACUCAUGAACCCCUGGGGCAAACAAGAGUGGAAGGGAAAGUGGAGCGACAACUCGGAUCUUUGGAACAGAGUGAGCCCGGCAGAUCGGGAGAAGUGUUUAAAUCUUAAUAAUGGAGAAUUCUGGAUGGCGCUGGACGACUUCUGCUACUAUUUCAAUAUGGUGUCCGCGUGCUGUGAGAACCCUAAUUUCAUUGACGGGGACUACAAGUGCCAGUGGAAGUGCAUGAUCUACGAUGGCAAAUGGGUAGCCGGGAGAUCUGCUGGUGGCAGCCUAAAUAACAGCACCUUUUACACGAAUCCUCAAUUCCGCAUUCAGGUGAAAAUCAUAGAUAAGACGGAGCCCGGAGACAAGAACAUGCUGCUCUCCCUGAUGCAGAAACCUGAGGGCGAACAUCGCUUGAAGAAACGAUUCCACCCAAUUGGACUCACCGUUUUCAAAGUACGCUUUCUGAAUUUCUGCAUCCAUCACGUGUAA